CAUGGUACUAUUUUACACCGUGCUCUCAUCAUACAAAAGAAAAAACAACACACAUUUCUCUCCCUCAUCACUGAGUUCGAUCUCUGAUCUCUCUCUCUCUCUUUCUCUUGUUCAUCGAAUUCAGUUUCUGAUCUCGAUCAACAGAGGCUAAGUUCACUCUCCAAUCCACAACAAUGCCUCUCAGACUCGAAAUCAAGCGAAAGCUUGCGCAAAGAUCAGAGAGAGUCAAAUGUGUGGAUCUGCAUCCAACAGAGCCAUGGAUUCUGGCGAGUUUAUACUCUGGAACUGUGUGUAUCUGGAAUUACCAAUCUCAGACCAUGGCCAAAUCUUUUGAGGUUACUGAGUUACCAGUUAGAUCAGCCAAGUUUGUUGCACGCAAACAGUGGGUUGUUGCUGGAGCAGAUGAUAUGUUCAUCCGUGUCUAUAAUUACAACACAAUGGAUAAAGUCAAAGUAUUUGAAGCACAUACAGACUACAUUAGGUGUGUGGCAGUUCAUCCUACCCUUCCUUAUGUGCUAUCAUCAUCUGAUGAUAUGCUCAUUAAGCUUUGGGAUUGGGAAAAGGGCUGGAUUUGUACCCAGAUAUUUGAAGGACAUUCUCAUUAUGUCAUGCAAGUGACAUUUAAUCCUAAAGAUACAAACACCUUUGCCAGUGCAUCUCUUGAUCGAACCAUAAAGAUCUGGAAUCUUGGCUCUCCUGACCCUAAUUUUACAUUGGAUGCCCAUCAGAAAGGAGUGAAUUGCGUUGAUUACUUUACAGGUGGUGAUAAGCCUUAUCUAAUCACUGGUUCUGAUGAUCACACUGCAAAGGUAUGGGAUUAUCAGACCAAAAGUUGUGUCCAGACUCUAGAUGGUCACACACACAAUGUGUCUGCUGUAUGCUUUCAUCCUGAACUUCCUAUAAUCAUUACUGGUUCUGAGGAUGGUACAGUACGCAUAUGGCACUCGACAACUUACAGGCUUGAGAACACAUUGAACUACGGCCUUGAAAGAGUUUGGGCUAUUGGAUACUUGAAGAGUUCACGUCGGGUUGUGAUUGGCUAUGACGAAGGAACAAUUAUGGUCAAACUUGGUCGAGAAGUACCUGUGGCUAGCAUGGACAACAGUGGGAAAAUUAUUUGGGCUAAACAUAAUGAAAUUCAGACUGUCAAUAUAAAGAGCAUAGGAGUAGAUGCGGAGGUUGCUGAUGGAGAAAGGUUGCCUUUGGCUGUUAAGGAGUUGGGCACCUGUGAUCUCUACCCCCAAAAUUUAAAGCACAAUCCUAAUGGGAGAUUCGUUGUUGUAUGUGGAGAUGGUGAGUAUAUUAUAUACACCGCGUUGGCAUGGAGAAAUAGGUCAUUUGGUUCAGCACUAGAAUUUGUCUGGUCUACGGAUGGAGAAUAUGCAGUCAGGGAAAGUACAUCCAAGAUUAAAAUUUUCAGCAAAAAUUUCCAGGAAAAGAGGAGUGUCCGACCAACAUUUUCAGCUGAACGAAUAUUUGGUGGUACUUUAUUGGCAAUGUGCUCAAAUGAUUUCAUCUGCUUUUAUGAAUGGGCUGAAUGCAGGUUGAUCUAUCGCAUUGAUGUCAAUGUGAAAAACCUCUAUUGGGCUGAUAGCGGUGAUCUAGUUACAAUUGCUAGUGAUACAUCAUUCUACAUCCUGAAGUACAACCGUGAUGUUGUUUCAUCGCAUUUAGAUAGUGGAAGACCCGUAGAUGAGGAAGGUGUUGAAGAUGCUUUUGAGCUCCUUCAUGAAAUGAAUGAACGUGUCAGGACUGGCAUCUGGGUUGGGGAUUGCUUUAUCUACAACAAUUCCUCUUGGAGACUUAAUUACUGUGUUGGUGGUGAGGUAACUACAAUGUUCCAUUUGGACCGCCCUAUGUACUUGUUGGGAUACCUUGCAAACCAAAGUCGGGUUUAUUUGAUUGACAAAGAGUUUAAUGUUAUGGGAUACACACUGCUUUUAAGCUUGAUUGAAUACAAAACACUUGUGAUGCGUGGCGAUUUAGAAAGGGCCAGUGAAGUUCUACCAUCAAUCCCUAAAGAUCAUCAUAACAGUGUGGCUCGUUUCCUGGAAUCACGAGGGAUGAUAGAAGAUGCUCUUGAAGUAGCUACUGACCCGGACUAUAGAUUUGAUCUAGCAAUACAACUUGGAAGAUUAGAGGUUGCAAAGAGCAUUGCAAUAGAAGUGCAGAGUGAGUCAAAAUGGAAGCAGUUGGGAGAGCUAGCUAUGUCUACUGGAAAGUUAGAAAUGGCUGAGGAAUGUUUAAAGCAUGCAAAGGAUUUGAGUGGAUUAUUACUGCUGUAUUCUUCUUUAGGCGAUGCUGAAGGAAUAUCAAAUCUUGCAACCCUUGCUAAAGAGCAAGGGAAGAACAAUGUCGCAUUCCUGUGCUUAUUUAUGUUGGGUAAACUUGAAGACUGUCUUCAACUAUUGGUAGAAAGCAAUCGGAUUCCAGAGGCAGCUUUAAUGGCUAGAUCAUAUCUCCCAAGUAAGGUCUCUGAGAUUGUGGCAAUUUGGAGGAAAGAUCUCAACAAGGUUAAUCCUAAAGCUGCUGAAUCUUUGGCUGAUCCUGAGGAAUAUCCAAAUUUGUUUGAAGACUGGCAAGUCGCCCUUGCUGUUGAAUCUAAAGCUAUAGAAACAAGGAAUGUUUACCCUCCUGCAGAGCAGUACAUCAGCCAUGCUGACAAAUCACAUGUAACCCUUGUUGAAGCUUUCAGAAACAUGCAGAUUGAAGAAGAGGAGCCUCUUGAGAAUGGUGACUCGAAUUAUGAGCAAACUAAACAAGAUGAAGAGGACUACACAGAGGAACAAGAGGAACAGAAUGACUACAAUGAGGAACAGGAGGAACAGAAUGGAGAGGAAGGAAGCCAAGAGGAGGCCGUUGUAGUGGAUGCGGAAUCAACAGAUGGUGCAGUACUCGUCAAUGGUAACGAGGCUGACGAAGAGUGGGUGCUUGCACCACGUCACUAGGUCCCAUCAAGACACCCGGUUCCAGCUUUUGGGAUACUAAUCUGAGAUAUCUGGCACUGCAUGUUUCUGGAUUGUUGGUAUGCAUUGCCUAAGCAUGAUAAUUUUCUAGUGUUAUCUGUUUCAUUUUCCUUAAAUUUGAAAUGCAGGUCUCCUCCUGGGGGAUAUGAAGCGAUUCUGCGGACUGGUUGACUGGUUGUUUCUGUUUCCUGGUGUUGUGGUUUUGUAGUGCCCUGAAUUAUCUAAUUCUGCACGCCGUAUAACAAUAUCCCUUAGGGUCAGUUACAAUUUACUAGAAUUUAUAUAGCACAUUCUUUUGGGGCUUUACCCCAACAUAUUCGUACCAUUGUGAAUGUAGAAAAAACUGAACUAGAAAUGGUUGCCUGCUUAAAUUUUAGAUAGUUUUUUUUUUUCUUGGCCAUAUUUUUGAACAUCUUUAUGUUUUCGUGGAUUGUAAACAUGGAUGGUUAAUAGAGAAAAUAAUGAUUUCUUCCCCCAA